AUGUCCGCGGAGAGCGCAGCCCACCCUAAGCCAAGGUCCCUUCGGCUCGCUCCUCGCUCCUUCCGUUCACUCUCCACCGAAGGGGCGCCGUGUGUUUGCCGAGUGCUUAGUCUAACGAGUGGGUGUACGGAGCUCUCGUCCUCAGGCAUCAUAUCCCUUGAGAAGCACCUCCCACCUCGCUCCCCUGGUUACUUUAAUGAAAAU